GCGUUUCAAAAACCAAGGAGCUUUUUCAGGCGACCGCAUAUCUCGACACGUUCCUAAAACGGCUCUCCCACAUGGCUUGCCAAAAGCACUCCCUUUCCGAUCUCUAUAAAUACAAGAAGCACCCAGUUUCCUUGACGGAGGCCCAGCUGAAAGUUGUCUCCCAAGCCAAGGUGGGUUGGCAAAUCAUUUACUUGGUAGGAGAGGCGAGAAUGACUUUUCCAGCGUAUGACCCAGGGAGGGCGUCCUUCGCUUGCUGAAUUUGCCAAACCAGUUCAAACUCCACCUUCAGACCAGGAAAUGCUGAGCUGGCUGAGCCUCCGGUUCCUUCGCCCCCAACUGCUGUGCAGAAUUUCCUCCUUACCUGUCCAGGUUCCUCGGGAAAUGUCCCGGGAGCGAAGCAGCAAGGCGGCCCCGUCGGGCCUGAUCCACCGGCUGGACCACCUGGUGAUGACGGUGAGGAGCAUUGAGGACACAGCCGCCUUCUACUCCCGGGUCCUCAGAAUGGAAGUCGUCUCCUUCAAGGGAAACCGUCAAGCUCUGCAUUUUGGACAGCAGAAGUUCAACCUCCACGAGGUGGGGAAGGAAUUUGAACCCAAAGCCCACCGGCCGACCCCUGGCUCUUUGGACCUCUGCCUCGUCACAGAGAUGCCUCUGGAACAGCUGGUAGAACACCUGAAGGUAUGUGGGGUCAGCAUUGAAGAAGGCCCAAUGGCCAGAACUGGGGCGCUUGGCCCAAUAAAAUCCGUUUAUUUCCGAGACCCGGACCAUAAUCUUCUGGAAGUCUGCAACUACGGUGGGAGUGACUAGUGAAAUUUCCAAUUUCCAGAGAGAAAUAAUGGAAAUGACACUAAAUGACUGUUUGUUGUUGUUUAGUCGUUUAGUCGUGUCCGACUCUUCGUGUCCCCAUGGACCAGAGCACGCCAGGCACUCCUGUCUUCCACUGCCUCCCACAGUUUGGUCAAACUCAUGCUGGUAGCUUCAAGAACACUGUCCAACCAUCUCGUCCUCUGUCGUCCCCUUCUCCUUGUGCCCUCCAUCUUUCCCAGCAUCAGGGUCUUUUCCAGGGAGUCUUCUCUUCUCAUGAGAUAGCCAAAG